GAGAGACCCAAGAGUCCAAGACCAAGAGGGGUCAGCAAAUUUCUCUUUCUCCUUUUAUAUAUAUAUAUAGAAGAAGAAGUGGACAUAGACCUUUGUCGCCAAGCUUAACCAUUAGAUCCAUUUCAGAGCUAAGCGUACUAAUUAGUGUACUAAGGGUAGUGUGACUCAUUACCACCUAAAGUAGUUUCAAUUUUCUUCUAUUUUUCUUGGCAAAGAGUUAUAGUGGGAAACAAAGGGAGUGGUUAAUAAAGAAUUAAUUAGUUAAUUAAGGGAGUUCAAGAUCAUAAUGGUGAGGCCUCCUUGUUGUGACAAAGGAGGAGUGAAGAAAGGGCCAUGGACUCCUGAAGAAGAUAUCAUUUUAGUCACUUACAUCCAAGAACAUGGUCCUGGUAAUUGGAGAGCUGUUCCUACCAAUACUGGUAUGUAUAAUCUUCAUUCAUCAUCUCUCCUCUCUACCUCUCUAUAGAUUUGUAUGUAGAUAUUAUUUGGAUUUAAUCUAUGAGAGUGAGAGAUAGACAAGGAAUCAAAUUGGUUUGGAUUGAAAUUUGUGUUCUCCAAAUUGGUUUUGAUCUUCAUUUGGUUCUUCUUUAGGUCUUUAAGAUUGUGGAAUCAGCUUAAUGAAAACAUAUGUAGAAAUUAGGGUUUUGUUUAUUGACCAUGAAAUUAAGAUCUAAUGCAUGAGAUCUUGUUAUUUAUAUAUUUUCUCAUCGGUUCUCAAUAUUUGUUCGUUCUUAUAAAUUUUCAGGGCUGCUUAGAUGCAGCAAGAGUUGUAGACUUAGAUGGACAAACUAUUUAAGGCCAGGAAUCAAAAGAGGCAAUUUCACAGAACAUGAAGAAAAGAUGAUUGUUCAUCUCCAAGCCCUCUUAGGAAAUAGAUGGGCUGCAAUUGCGUCAUAUCUUCCACAAAGGACAGACAAUGACAUUAAGAACUAUUGGAACACUCAUUUGAAGAAGAAACUCAACAAAGUCAAUCAAGAUUCUCAUCAAGAACUUGACCGUUCCUCGCUCUCAUCUUCACCAUCGUCUUCUUCUGCUAAUUCCAACUCAAACAUCUCAAGAGGCCAAUGGGAAAGGCGACUUCAAACCGAUAUCCACUUGGCGAAAAAGGCUCUCUCUGAGGCUUUAUCUCCUGCCGUUGCACCAAUCAUUACAUCUACAGUGACAACAACGUCUUCCUCUGCUGAAUCAAGACGCUCUACUUCCUCAGCUAGCGGGUUUCUUAGGACGCAAGAAACAUCUACAACUUAUGCCUCAAGCACCGAAAAUAUCGCGAAAUUGCUCAAAGGGUGGGUGAAAAACUCGCCGAAGACUCAAAACUCCGCGGAUCAAAUCGCUUCUACAGAGGUAAAAGAAGUGAUCAAGAGUGAUGAUGGGAAGGAGUGUGCAGGGGCAUUUCAGUCAUUUUCUGAGUUUGAUCACUCAUAUCAACAGGCUGGUGUUUCACCUGAUCAUGAGACCAAACCAGACAUAACUGGAUGCUGCAGUAACCAAAGUCAAUGGUCUUUGUUUGAGAAGUGGUUGUUUGAGGAUUCUGGUGGACAGAUUGGUGAUAUUCUAUUGGAUGAAAACACUAAUUUCUUCUGAAGAGUUUGCUUUAAUCACAUGGUUCUAAUUUUAGGAUCCUCAUCUCUAUUUUUUUUUUUGGGUUUUCCAAAUUAACUCGCUUAGAUUAUCGUGAGAUAAAUCAGUAAUAAUUUUAUUUAUUUUCCCUCUUUAAUUUACAAUUAAUGAUGGGGUUGUUUUAUAUAUGGCCCUGUGAAUUCUGAAGGGGCCUGAAAAAUGUCCACCCAAUGAUUUUAGUAGUAUUGGUGUAAAAUCCUAUAUCUAUUUUUUAUUUAUUAAAAUGUUGUUAUUGCUUGAUUUUUCUUUUGCUUUGUAACUUGUAAGUAUGAUUUACUUUUGAGAUGUUAACCUAAAA